AUGGGGAAAAAUCAGUUGUCCUCAUCAAGCGAGGCUGCAUCUACAAGGCAGAAGAAUGUGGACGAUUGGUUGCCGAUAACAUCCUCUAGGAACGCCAAAUGGUGGUACUCUGCGUUUCACAAUGUCACUGCCAUGGUUGGUGCUGUCAUUGAAAAAAAUCAUGAUCUUCUUUGCGCUGAUUGCAAAGACAUAAGAACAACAUUUUGGAUCAUGAUUUUUGCUUCUGUACACUUUGUUCUCUCCCACCUCCCUAACUUUAACUCUAUAUCUGCUGUCUCCCUCGCUGCCGCCGUUAUGUCCUUGAGUUAUUCAACAAUCGCUUGGGGAGCCUCGGUAAAGAAAGGGGUUCAACCAGAUGUAGACUACACAUUUAGAGCCUCGACGAGCUCAGGAAAAAUAUUCAACUUCAUGAAUGCCUUGGGAGAUGUCGCAUUUGCGUAUGCGGGUCACAAUGUUGUGUUGGAGAUUCAAGCUACUAUUCCUUCAACACCCGAGAAACCAUCCAAGAUCCCAAUGUGGAGAGGAGUGGUAGUUGCCUACAUCGUGGUCGCCAUUUGCUAUUUCCCCGUUGCAUUUGGUUGCUACUACAUUUUUGGAAACAAUGUGGACGACAACAUUCUUAUGUCGUUGGAGAAACCCAUUUGGCUUAUCGUUAUGGCUAACGCAUUCGUGGUUGUCCAUGUUAUUGGAAGCUAUCAGAUAUUCGCAAUGCCGGUUUUCGAUAUGCUCGAAACCUUUUUGGUUAAGAAAAUGAUGUUUGAUCCUUCCUUCAAACUCCGUUUCAUCACUCGAACCUUAUAUGUUGCUUUAACCAUGUUCGUCGCCAUAUGCAUUCCGUUUUUCGGUGGAUUACUUGGCUUUUUUGGAGGAUUCGCCUUUGCUCCAACAACUUACUACCUACCUUGCAUCAUGUGGUUGAUUCUCAAGAAACCAAAGAAGUAUGGAUUGUCUUGGUCUAUUAAUUGGUUCUGCAUAGUAAUAGGUGUUAUGUUGACGAUCAUAGCUCCUAUUGGUGGCCUCAGAACCAUCAUUAUCUCCGCCAAAGGCUACAAGUUCUUCUCUUGAAGAAAAAAUC